CAACCAACCUCGUCUGCCUGUCUGUCGUCUUGUCUUGUCUUGGAAUCUUGUGGUCGAGCUCGCUGUUGAAUCCGUGAUGAGCUCGGUCGAGAAUCUCCCUUCUUCGUCGGGAAUUGGAGGCCGCGGGCGACCACUUUCAACCUCGGAAUCCCUAGAUCUAGCUUCUCGGACCUAGCCCCCAAUUAAGACGUCUAUUGACGCCAAUGGUGUCUUUCUACCUCUACACGCGACCUAGAGUGGGCUCUCUCGCUGCUUCACCGCCUCGUCCAAAGAUGGCAGGCACCAAGUCCAAAUAGUUAGAUCGGCAACAUUCUUGCAACGGCAGCCACGUGGAGACACAGAACACGCGCGCGCAACUCUAAAUAUCCCUCCAUCUACGCCAUCCACAUCGAUUUUAGCAGACGAGGCACGAUCGAUGGCGAGCAACGAGGAGGGCUCGACAUCGAUGGCGCAGCAUCCCCCGCUGCGCCACCAGGCGCACGGCGGCGACGACUUUGUGACACUCAUGGGGCUCGGCCCGCUCUGGGAGCGCAGCGUCAAGCCGUACAGCGCCGCGGCACGAGGCAGGAAGCGCGAGCAGGGCGCGAGCGACGCGCCAGUAACCACUGGCAGCGGCGGCGGCGAAGGGAGCACUGGAGCAGCGGCAGAGGGCAGCGAAGCAGCGGGUGCAGCGUCAGCCUCAUCCUCGAAACCCUUGACGCUCGAGAAGACGUACGCCUCGUACGUCGCCGACCUACCCGGAAAGGUUCGACCGCCAAAGCGAGCGCUGGGAAAGUACAGCAGCGCGCUCAAUAGCUCUGGCGGUGCGCCCGACGGCGGCGGCUCCUCAACCCUGCCCGUUCCUCCCGAGCUGACGGGGCAGACGACCAUGUCCGAGAUCGUCUUUCGGCCCGAGACGACAGUGCACCGCAUCGGUCCCUUUGACGACGAGUCGCUUCGCGCCGCCUUUACCGUCGAGGCGGGGCCCUUGACCGGCGUCGAUCUCUCGCUGCUCGAGUCAGAUGAGGUGCGGGCCGAGACGCCGCCGAGGAAGAAGAAAAAGAAGAAGAACAGGCCGGCCAAUGAAUCAGGCCAGCAGCCAGCGCCGGCAAAGGCAAGAUGAAGCACCACAAUCUGUUGUAUUAUUAUCUCUUCUUGAACACAUCGACACGAUCAUAAAAGGAACCAGCCCACGGAAGACAGGAGGAAGAGAAAAGAGUAGAGAAGAGAUCUGUGGAAAGUGGAGAAGUGAGGAGAAUAGGGCACAAUCAUGGAUAAAUGGCCUCUUCAUUACCGUGAGCUAGAGGGUUGCCCAAGGUCGUACGGCGGGG